AUGCCUUCCAUCAACAUCACCCCUGCCGAGGUCAGAAACCUCCGUGCCGUCCUCCAGCACGGCGCCAUCGACUGGCCUGCCGUCACGACCAGCCUCGGUCUGCAGACCGAGAGGUCCGGAAAGGACACUUUUGUCCGCUUCCUGAAGAAGGCCACCGAGGCCACCAACUCUCCGGCCGUCGCUGCCGCCGCACCUCCCCCGGCCGCACCUCCCAUCGCCCCGGUGGCUCCUGCUGCCGCGCCUCGCGCUGCUAAGCGCAAGGCCGCCACCACCACCACCACCGCCCCCAAGGCCAAGAGGGCUAACGCCCAGAAGAUCAAGGCCAAGAAGCCCGAGGUCAAGAAGGACGAGGCCAAGACCAUCAAGGUCAAGAUGGCCAAGUCGACCAAGGUCACCAACGACCCAGACGCUUAG